CCAGCCCAACACUGGAGCGGCUCCUGCUCGGGAACGCCAGAAGCAGCUCGGGGUCUCUCCGCCGCCCGUUGGCCAUGGCCGCGGUACCCACGGCGCCCGUUCCCCAGCGCUCCCCGGGCCCCCGCCUUUGCAGCAGCCGCCGCAGCUUCUGAGCCGGAGCUGCCGCCGCUGCAGCCGCUCGCCGGGAUCCCGCCCGCUGCCGCAGCCGCUGCGCAACCGAGGCUAACCUGUGGCCACCCGGGCGGCUCCUGCAACCUUCCCUCGCGGCGAUGACAGCCACCCCAGAGCAGCAGUCAGUGUUCGGACAAUUUGAAAAUGCAAUAGUUGAUUUCCCUGUCCAUCCGCCCCGCUUGGCUGGCCACCACAGCACGCCUGUUGGAUCUCAGUGGAGAAGUCCCGCUGCCUGGGUUUUCCAUCUCUCCAUAUAGACACGCCUAACACCUACAUAUAUAUUUUUUUUCAAAAACAUUAAAUAUAACCAAUAGUCAAAAGAAAAAAAGAGAGAGGAAGGAGGGAAACGUUACUGGGUUACUAUGCACUUGCGACUGAUUUCUUGGUUUUUUAUCAUUUUGAACUUUAUGGAAUACAUCGGCAGCCAAAACGCCUCCCGGGGAAGGCGCCAGCGAAGAAUGCAUCCUAACGUCAGCCAAGGCUGCCAAGGAGGCUGCGCAACAUGUUCAGAUUACAAUGGCUGUUUGUCAUGUAAGCCCAGACUAUUUUUUGUUCUGGAAAGAAUUGGUAUGAAGCAGAUAGGAGUGUGUCUCUCUUCAUGUCCAAGUGGAUAUUAUGGAACUCGAUAUCCAGAUAUAAAUAAGUGUACAAAAUGCAAAGCUGACUGUGACACUUGUUUCAACAAAAAUUUCUGCACAAAAUGUAAAAGUGGAUUUUACUUACACCUUGGAAAGUGCCUUGACAGUUGCCCAGAAGGGUUGGAAGCCAACAACCAUACCAUGGAGUGCGUCAGUAUUGUGCACUGCGAGGCUAGUGAGUGGAGUCCUUGGAGUCCAUGCACGAAGAAAGGAAAAACAUGUGGCUUCAAAAGGGGGACUGAAACACGGGUCCGAGAAAUACUACAACAUCCUUCAGCCAAGGGUAACCUGUGUCCCCCAACUAGCGAAACAAGAAAGUGUACAGUGCAAAGGAAGAAGUGUUCAAAGGGAGAACGAGGAAGAAAAGGAAGGGAGAGAAAACGAAAAAAACUCAAUAAAGAAGAAAGUAAGGAAGCAAUCCCUGACAGCAAAGGUCUGGAGUCCAGCAGAGAGACCCCAGAGCCACGGGAAAGCAAAGACAAACAGCAGCAGAAGAAGAGAAAGGUCCAAGACAAACAACAGAAAUCGUCUGUGGAUCUCUUUUGGGAAGUGGAGUCACCCUAGUGGAAGGCCUCACCCGUGUUUCACAGAGGACCCAGCCAGCCCUGCCCCAUGCAGCAGGAGGGAUCUUUCAGUGUGCAGCACAGACCCAGUGGCCUACCUUAGCCUUCUGCAGCAACAGGAGGAUGUGCAGCUGCUCUGUUCACCAUGCUUCCUAGCCCUCUGAGGUCUCUGCUUUCUGAAGAAUUUGCAAGAAAUCUGCCUCGUGCCUGUCUGUUUCUAGCACCCUUUCUCCACCAACUUUAUUGCUCAUUUGGGCUGCUUGGCUUAAUUGGUUCUCCACUUCUCUUUUUCUCUUCUAAGAUAUAAAAAAUUUAAAUGAUGUAUUCUUGUUUCUUACUCUAGUCUUUCUUUCUUUGUCCAAUUGACUAGAUCUAUCCCCAACAUUUAAGGGAGUUUUCAUUCUAUCUUCAACUAAAACUUAGGUUACCAGGAGGAAACAAACCUCACUCUAUACAUUAUGUUAAGUGGAAGUCUGUCCAUUUUUGGAACUUGAAUGCAUCAAACACCAUCUUUGUCUCAGUAUUAUCCUGUUGAGUAUGGGUCACCAUAUUAUUUUUACAUAUAUUUCUGUUUAUCAUUGUCUUUGUUCUUCCAAUAAGCAAUUGUGCAAUGGUGAAAAAGUAUAACACACCAGGGCACAGUAAUAAAGGCAAAUGAUUGUGUUUUCCCAUGUGUCCUUCUACACAGAAGAUUUAAAUCUUUGAUGCAAAACUUAAAUGAAAGUACAAAGAGAAAGCAAAUUACAGCUAGCAUUAAUAAUGCACUGGAUGAGAUAUACAUGAAGAUAAAAGAUAAUAACUUUAAUCAAAAUUUUAAUCUACCUUAAUAGAUCCUUAAGCAUAAGGAAUUGUAUAGUAUUUAAACUAGCAGUCCUCCUUUCCUUGAGUGAAAACUACUCACUGACUAUGGAAAAGUUCUUGCAUUGUUAUAAAAGGCAUUGUUGAUGGUAACAACUAUCCAGGAAAUUCUUGAUAGAAAAAACAAAGUGGAAAGAGUGAAAUGUCAUAAGUCUGCCAGUGCCUGGUCCAUACCCUUGCCCUGGUCUCCAAAUUCUCCCUUCAUAACUCCAAAUUCUAGCUUACAAUUGUUCUAUUAUCAGGUUUAAAUUUUAGGCCUAGGGGGCAGAAGGUGGAGAGUGGGGAACCAUGUCUCACUGCAACAAGAAAGAGUUGUAUAUAUAUGAUCCCAGGCCAGGGAACAUUUGACAUUCCCAACACAUUGAGGUGUUGCUCCUAAUGAACCUUAACUAGUAACAAUGUCAUUUGGAAAUUGUCCUAACUCUGCUUUUCACAGAAUUGGAAAUGUUUAAGAUAAUGCAGCUGUAGCUCUACUGCUCUGAAGUUAUUGAAUUAGAGCUGGCUCACAUUAGUGUUAUUCAAAUACGAAAAUGAGUAACACAGGAAAGAGGCUUAUAAUACAACUACGGCCAUGAACAGGCCAACCUUCACAAAAAUGAGUGGGAAAGAAAGUGGAGACUGCUCUGCAGCUAGACUUGGACAAUGUCAUAACGAUUCUGCUGCUUACUAGCUGUAAUUCUAUAACCCUGGGCAAGUUGUAUGGUCUUUCAGAAUCUUGGUUCUUUCUGGCAAGGUUGUGAUGAGAAAUGAAAAGAUUCGUGACUCAAUAUAACAAUAAUUAUUCUAUAGUAUAAACAAGUCUCACAAAAGUAGUGACUAAUUCUUCAAGUCAAGCAUAUAAAUCAAUUUUAUUUCUUGAUUAAUAUAUGGAAUCCCAACAGUAUGUGUAAUGAUCUCAAGAAAUAAAUACAUACAAGAAUUAUGGAAUCAAAAUGAAUAGUAGUAACCAAAGGGUGAACGCCAAUCUACAAUUUGCCUUCAAUCUUUUUUUUUUUUUUGCCUUCAAUCUUAAAAGUAAGACAUGAUUAUUCUUAAGAGGAUGCACUUUAUAAGUAGGCUUAAAUAAAGAAACUUCAUCUUCCCUGCA